AUGGACGUUUGGGAAAGAGAAAAAAAAGCGGCUUUUAAUGGGGGUGUGAUGAGGACUUCAAUUGCUACGGUUUUUUAUUUUUGGGAUAUCGAAAAGGUGGAAGAGACUGCAAACACCUUUGGGAAAGUGAAUCACUACGACCCACGAUGCCAGGCCUCUGUAUCUAUAAUAGUCAAUUUAAUUGGGGAAUUUCUAAGAGGCGAGUGUGAUUGCCAAAAAGCCAUCAAUUUCGCACGAGAAAGACGAAGAAAGUACAUAGAAAACAACAAAGAGUUUUAUUCUGAUUUCGAUAAAUUCACAAAUCCACAAAGUUUAGAACAACUUGAGUUGAAUAAAUUGAUUGGAUAUUCUUAUAAGCCAGUUGGAUGUGCGGUGUGA